UACUACAAGGCAAGCAGACGGCCAUGAACACAAUACGCAAACUUUCACUUGUCCUCCCAGACAGCAAAACGCUUAAUGUGGCAUAAUGGACUAAAUUUAAUACAAUAAUAAUAAUAAUAAGGGACUUAAGGGUAACUUAUUCUGUAGUCUUUGACUAAGAUGAUAAAGACAAUUCAUUAGCCUAUAAGUCUUGUUGACACAAAGAUACAGACCAGCAGAUAUAAACGUGCAUAAUGAAAUGCAUUAAGUGAUAUUAAAAGGACGCAAUGCGUUAAAUUGCACGUUAAACGUUUUCCUCCCACAGAAAAUUAUUUUAAAUAAAACACGUAAUAUAGCUUAUGGACAAAGGCAAUGAUAUAAAAGAACCGUAGACAGUUUAUUCAAUUUGGAAAAAUAAAAUAAGUAAAUAACGUGAAAUUUUGCGUCUUGCGUUUAUUCUAUGAUUCUGAAAGAAAACACGCAGUGGUUGUUAUAGUAACACAUGCGAAUUUCACGCGCAUCUGACUGACAGAACCGCGCGCUUGUGUUUCAGCGGUGCUGUUGAUGUUUUGGUUAUAUUAGCAAAUAGUUUGCUCCUAAAUUCAGUGCAACAGCAUUACGUUGAAGAGGGUAAACUUUAUCACUCGACUGAAUCUACACAGGCAUUUUAGGUGUCCUUGCUCCGUUCAUGUCUUUAAAAGUGAGCGGUGAGCGCUGCAGCCGUCUUCAACCGCUCAGGAUCCUGCGAGAUGUUUUGCUUACGCAUGUCAGCUGAUCCUUUAAACUGCGUGACGGAAUGUUAUCUUUGCACUUACCCUCCAUCUCUCCCUGUGAUGAUUCCUGCUGCUCAUCCGCCAUCUUGAUCGAGUUCUUUCUCCACCGCCCCCUCUCAUGCUUGCAGUGCCGCUGAGGACCCUUCAAAAGCUGACCAAGGCACACAGACGGCACCAUACUAGUUUGACAAAUGAGUUGAUUGAAAACAUGGACAAAAAAGCAACAUGGGACAGAUUCUACACAGAAAAUGGAAGCAAAGGCCAAUUCAAAAAUUUUGAGUGGUUCUUUGGAUUUCACUCAGUCCAGGACUUAAUUCUUCCUGUAGUUCAGAGCAUGUCUUCUUCCCAAAAUGGCCCAUUGAACAUCCUGGACAUGGGUUGUGGCACAUCCGCAUUAGGACCUUGUAUCUACACAACUUCUCCAUGUGCUGUGAAGGUCACCUGUGCUGAUAUCUCUUCAGUUGCAGUGAAACUUAUGCAGAAGCACGCUAAUUCUACGUCAGUACAGCCAUGUAACCCAUCCUCUGCUCUUGCCUUCCUGGAGCUGGACUGCACACAGUUAAGAGGAUACUUUGGGGCCGGAAGCCUGGACUUGAUAUUGGACAAGGGUACUACAGAUGCUUUAGUUCGGUCUAAAGAAGGUCAAGUUAAGGCUGGACAGAUGGUGAAGCAAUGCUUACAGGUGCUGAAGCCCUCAGGGUGUCUCCUACAGUUCUCAGAUGAGGAUCCUGAUGCCAGGCUUGUAUGGCUCGAGAGAGAAGUUAGAGGAGCUACACUGACAGCUGAUGUAGGAGUUCAAGAGCUGGGAGAAUUGAGAGGGGUCAGCUAUUUUUGCUAUCAGAUUUCUCCUCGUACUUCUGAAGAAGUUUCAAAGUGAAAAUACAG